UCCUCGGUGCGAGUAGGAGUCAUCACCGAGCAACAACACAGCAGCGCUAACAUGUCAGACAAGAAACAGACCGUAGAUCUUGGUUUACUGGAGGAGGACGAUGAAUUUGAAGAAUUCCCAGCUGAAGACUGGACGGGACUGGAUGAAGAUGAAGAUGCUCAUGUGUGGGAAGAUAACUGGGAUGAUGAUAAUGUUGAGGAUGAUUUCUCAAAUCAGCUGAGAGCGGAGCUGGAAAAACAUGGUUACAAGAUGGAGACGUCAUAAUGGAUCUCACUAUUCACUGUUCAGUGACGUUGGACAUUUCUAUUUGAUUAUCACUGGUUGACCAUUUACCAAUAGAAGACUUUCAAGGAUUCAGAUUUGUUUUGUUCUUUUUUUGUAAUAAAUGAUGGUAACGUGUUUGGGGAGAAAAAA